AUGAAUGAAGAACUAAGACGAAACACAAUUCAGGACCGACAAGAGUCGCCGCCUCCGCAACCACUUCAGCAGAGCCUGACUAGCGCAUUACUUUCCUCGUCGCCGAAUGAGUUCAGAGCAGCGACCCAGCAUCCUUUCUUACGUACAGCUGGUGAAGGCAAGGUCACAAAGCACGAUCUCUCUCGUUGGCUCUCGCAGGAUCGCCUAUAUGCAGAAACAUACAUCUCGUUCGUCACUAGCCUGAUCGCGAGAGUAUCGUUACCUUAUGCCCACAUCGAAGAUAAAGCUGCUUCGUUGAGAUGGCGUAUAGUCAAACUGCUCACGGAAUGCCUUGACAACAUUCAACGUGAGUUGACUUUCUUCACAGAGACAGCGAGGAGGUAUGACCUACGACUAGACGAGCCCUGGGGAGGAUCUGAAUCUUUCGGGCCGAACCCAAUUACGGAGCAGUAUAUCAACCUCUUCACAAGUUUCCAUUUCGACCCUCAGCAGACUCUGCUCGAAGGUCUUGUCGUGCUGUGGGCAACAGAGAAAUGUUACCUCGAUGCCUGGACAUAUGCUUCUAUAUAUCUAGCCCAGGAUGUAUCGCCGGACGCAGACUCAGACGGUGGUGCCCUACGCAACGAAUUCAUACCGAACUGGUCCAACAGAGACUUUGAACGUUUCGUGCAGGACAUUGCAGACAUUACUGAUGAGCUAGCUCAGCGAGAAGGCGCACUUCGGAAGGUCGAAGUGUUCAAAGCGUUAUGGCUACAUGUUUUGGUCAUCGAGAAGGGCUUUUGGCCUGACCUUAGCCAAUGA